CCUAUCCCACAAGGAGGCGCGCUGGUGAAGUCACGUGGUUGCACGGGGACCAUGGCGGCUGCUUCGGUGUUUUCUCGGCUCCGAACGGGUUCCAAAUUGGGACCACAGUAUGACCAAGAGGGUAACAUUAUCGAGGUUGAAACUCGUGAAGAUGAGGAACAAAGUAUCAAAUUAACAGAAAUUUUAGAAUUGCUGGUUGCUGCAGGAUACUUCAGGGCUAGAAUUAAAGGAUUGUCGCCAUUUGACAAGGUUGUAGGUGGGAUGACAUGGUGUAUUACAACCUGCAGCUUUGAUAUUGAUGUUGAUUUGCUUUUUCAAGAAAAUUCUACAAUUGGCCAGAAAAUAGCAUUGACAGAAAAGAUUGUGUCUGUUUUGCCAACUAUGAAGUGUCCUCAUCGCUUAGAACCACAUCAGAUCCAAGGUCUGGAUUUCAUACACAUAUUCCCUGUUGUGCAGUGGCUGGUAAAACGUGCAAUUGAGACCAGGGAAGAGAUGGGAGAUUACAUCCGAUCUUUUUCAGUUUCCCAAUUUCAGAAAACCCACAGUCUACUUGAGGAUGAUGACUUCAAGCAACGCAAAGAUAAGGCUAUGAAAACAGUCACAGAAAUUGCUGACGUUUAUAAACCACAACGCAAGUACAAACGGUUAGUUGCAGCAGAAGAAUUGGUGGAUGAAGAAUCUAGAGUCCAUUCUACCCUCUUGGAAUUUGGCCGCUUUCCUGAUUCCCUCAUUAAGUAUGGCUUCAGCAGACAGUCAAAACCUGAAAAGAGUGAAGGCAACAAAGGAGUGUUGGGCACUGAACUGGCAACUGAUGUAUCUGAGGAAGAUCAUCUGCAGGCUGAUGAAGAGCUUCGCAUUAAAAGACUCAUGACUGGAAUGACAGUGAUGGCAACUGAAGAGGGAAAACUGACGGCCAGUUCAGUGGGUCACAUUGUAGGGCUCCAAUCAGAAGAGAUUAAGCAGAUUGCAUCAGAAUAUGCUGAAAAGCAGUCUGAGUUUUCAGCAGAGGAUCGUCCUGAACGACUUGGAGCUACUCAGCAACAUCGAAGACAAGUUGCAUCUCUGAAAAAGCAAAUCUUGCAGAAGUCGAAGCAGUUGGAAGAACUUCAAGUGAAAUAUAGUGAGAUUCGGGUGACAUGUGAGGAAGCAAAGAAGAAACUGGUGGAGGUUGUGAAUUAUGGCCAGAAACUGGAUAAAAAACUGUCUGCUGUUGAAAUUGCAGAAUCCCAGGCUGAUUCUGGCAUACUAGAGAAGUUGAGAGCAUUGGUCACGAUGAAUGAGGGCCUAAAGGACCAGGAGCAGCAGUUCAGGAAUCAUUGCCGGGAAGAAAUGGCUCGAUUGCAACAGGUUAUCAAAAAUCUUAAGAGUGUAGCAGGGACUGAGGAUGCUGAAGAAAAGGAGCAUAACGAAUUGAUAGAACAACAAUAUAAGGCCGACAGAGAGAAAUUACAGAAAAUACGACUGUUGUUGGCCCGACGCAAUAGAGAAAUUGCCGUUUUGCAACGUAAAAUUGAUGAAGUACCAAGCAGGGCAGAAUUGACCCAAUAUCAGAAACGCUUUGUUGAACUCUAUAAUCAAGUUGCAGCAACUCACAAGGAAACAAAGCAGUUCUUCACGCUGUAUAAUACACUUGAUGAUAAAAAAGUGUACUUGGAAAAAGAGGUUAAUUUGUUGAAUUCCAUUCAUGAUAACUUCCAACAGGCUAUGGCUGCUACUGCUUCUCGAGACCAGUUCUUGCGCCAGAUGGAACAGAUUGUGGAAGGUAUUAAGCAAAACCGCAUGAAGUUGGAGAAGAAAAAGCAAGAAAACAAAAUGAGACGUGACCAGCUGAAUGAUGAGUACCUUGAACUGCUAGAGAAACAGCGUCUGUACUUUAAAACUGUUAAAGAAUUUAAAGAGGACUGUCAUAUAAAUGAAAUGUUAUUGACCAAAAUGAGAACCAAAGGGGCUUCCUGAAUGAUGACACUGGGGAUCCAAGGAAUGGACCUGCCAUUUUCUUUCAAAUCAGUGGCCUGAAUUUAUUAUUUAAUAAAAAUAGCGGAAUCGGAACAUGGAACUGAAUGUAUUACAUCACCUUAUGCUUGUACAAAAGGAAUUUACUCCAAGUUAACACCUUUCUUUAUCCGUGAGAUAAUAAAAUGAUCUUCCUGAGCAAAUCUGUUGCUUUGAAACUAUAAUACAAACUGUGUAAUAAUUAUUACACCAUAUUUUCUGAACUUGAGAAAAUUAAUGUUUUUAACUGUUAACCUAACCUGAUAUUUGCAAACUACCUAUGCCUCUUCAGCCAGGGUAAACUGUUAUGUGGCAGGAAAAUAUGAUUUGAAAAAAGGUUUUGCUGCCAAAUUGUUGGUGUUUCUUUCUGGCUGCCAAAUCUAAUUAAGUGAUUUCUUUCAAAGAAUAAUUACUACUGUGAGUCAAUAUUUUCUGUUCCUGGAGUUUUUCAGUACACUGCCUUUGAUACAAAGUUUUCUGCUGGGUAACCUGGGAGAUCAGAAACAUCUCAGAUGAGAAAUCACCCACAGGUAAAGGUUUUACGAAGACUUUACUAAAUUGCAACCUUUUAAGAGAUCGUUGCACCUUGAAGAAAAAAAAUCCAGAUUUAAUAUUAGCUGGUUAUAUUUAUCUUUAUUUUGAACUUCUCCAAUUGGCUGUAAAGGAUGAGGAUCUAUGAAUUUACUGUUUCCUGAAUUUGGUCAUCCUAAUCACUGAUGUGUGAUGACUUGGAACUGUAACUGAUAUUAGUAGGUACAGUGCUAGCAAUCUUGUUCCUCCAACAGAACAUAAGAACUAGGAGCAGGAGUAGGCCAUCUAGCCCCUUGAGCCUGCCCUGCCAUUUAAUAAGAUCAUGGCUAAUCUUUGAGACUCAGCUCCACUUACCCGCCCACUCACCAUAACCCUGAAUUCCUUUACUGUUCAAAAUUUAUCUAGCCUUGCCUUAAAAACAUUGUGAGGUAGCUUCAACCACUGCACUGAGCAGGGAAUUUCACAGAUUCACAACCCUUUGGAUGAAAAAGUCAGUCAGGAGAUUGUAGGAACAGAGACUUCAACAUAGAGUCUAAGAUGCCUUUUCACUUCCAUACUAAGCGAAUACUGCAUUGUCUGAUGCUUUCUUUCACGUGAUGUUAAAUCUAGAUCUCCUAUUGUCCUUUCAAGCACAUGUAAAAGACUCCUGACCCUAGUCUCAGAAACAUGCCAGGACAGAGUUUAUGUUAAAGGUGUAACUGGUGGACUGGCUAAUUUUUCCAAAUGCUUUUAUAUUGGGCCUCCAAAUACUGUUCUACAGCAAGAUGAAAUUUUGCAAAUGCCCAUAAUUAGUCUGAGAUGUUAAUAUGAUCCAAGGCUAAUUUUUAAAGUUUUACCUCACUGACAACAGGAUUAUGAUGCUAAUGAAAAGAAAAGGUGAUUCAUAACAGUAUAACAAAAUCGAAGGCAGGUCACAGGAACAAGGAGCAAGAUCAGGCAAUGCAUGCUGUUAAGCCUAUCAUCCACCACUUGUUCCUAUCUCAGCCUCAACUCCACUUCCCUGCCCCAUCUCUCAUAACCCUUCAACCCAUCAUGAAUUAAGCAUUGGUCUGUCUCCUUUUUAAGGCGAAAUAAUGUCCCUGCAUCCACCAAAAUGGGGUAGCAAAUUCAUGACCCUGUGAGAAAAGUAAUUGCUUCCUAUCAAUUUUAAAUCUGCUACCCCUAAUCCUAAAACUGACCUAUAUUUUAGAUUGUCCCAUGUAAGGAAACUUUGUCUCUCCAUCUACUUUGUAAAUCAGCUUGACAUUUUAUGUAUCUCAGAUUUUAUUCUUGUAAACUUCAGCGUGUAUAGGCCUAAACUGUUCAAUCUCUCCUAAGACAAACCACUUCUCUAGAUUGUUUCCAGAGAUCCUUCUCUGAUCUGCCUCCAAUACAACCACACCCCUCCACUAAGGAACCACAAUUGUACACAGUGCUCCUGUUGAGUUGCUGCAAUAAUUCCCUAUUUUUAUACUCUUCCUUUGGCAAUAAAUGCCAAAAUUCUAUUCACCUUCCUUAUUACCUACUGUACCCGCAUAAAACUUUUUGCGAUUAAUAUACAAAUAAACCCAGAUUCCCCUGCACUGAAACACUCAAAGUUUCUCUCCAUUUAGGUAAUAUGUUGUCUUUCUAUUCCUCUGACCAAAACAGAGAACCCCACCCUUACCCACGUCAAACUCCAGCUGCUAAAUUUUGGCCCAUUUCCCUAGCCCAUCCCCCUAGCCCAUCCAUGUCCAUAUUUAAAUUUCUUAAUGCACAAUUGCAGCUUGUCUUCCCCCUUCUUUUGCUGUCAACUUCAUACUUAGCCGUAGUACUGUCUAUUCCCACAUCCAAACCAUUAAUAUAGAUUAUAAGUAGCUAAGGCCUGAGGACCAAACCCUGUCGCACCUCACGAGUCACAUCUCGCCAUCCAGAAAAACGCCCGUUUAUCUUGACUCUCGGCUUUCAGUAUGUUACUCAAUCCUCGAUUCAAGCUCAUGAAUGGCCCUUAACCUGGCAUGAUCUUCACUAGCUGUGUCCUAACCUAGUAGUAGGGAGGUCAGAAAAAAGUAGGAAAUCAAUACAAAAUUGACCUUUGAGUCAGCUGAGCAUUUUUUGCCCUGUGUGGCGGUGAGUGGAAAUGGAACGUACAGCCUAAAAUUUGGAUUUUACCAUUGUGUGAAUUAACAUCCUACAAAAUAGGUCACACAAAUGAUUGGCUUUCUUCAAGAAAAAUGGAGAAGUCAUCUUGUGCUUUAACCAAAUGUUGCUUUAUUCAGAGCCAAGGAGGAUUGGGGCAGAAUUAUUUCAUAAACCCAAGUAAAUCAUAAAAUAUUCACAGUAUUAAGAAACAUUUUGCUAUCCCUAAAUGCAAAUCACAGUUGACUCAUUAAUUUUUCUAGCAAAACUUUACUGAAAUUACCAUAAACCAGGUUUAGAGGACCUUUUGAGCCAUAUAAACUUUGUAUUAAAAUAAAUAUCAGGUGCAACUGUGACUGUGUUGUUGCUAUGGAAAUUGUUCCAACAAAGCAUUGAAUAUCUACAUAGAGGAAAGGGAAUUAUGUUCUUGUUGUUUUUGUUGUCUAUUCUUUUGUUCUAGAAUAAUUCUGAUCAAAGAAUAUCAAACUAUAGCAGUACUUGGGUAGUGUUUUUUGGUUUCUGAUGCUGGCCCAAACAAAGAACUGCAUUGUAGGUGGAUUCAAUUACCCUAAUUCAUUGUUGCAUUAACCACCUGAGUCACCUUUUUCAUCUGUGUUUGGAGGAUGCGAGCUUUAAAUUAAAAGCAAUUACACUGUACUCCUGUGCACACCAGUUCUGAUGGUCUUUUAUAAUGAGCUAGUAGGCUGCCAGCAGUAGUGUUUUCUUUUGCUGAUUCUGAAAUUUUAUAAGGAUACUAAUCAAUUUCAGAGCCACUGCCUUGUUGAAACAGAGUGGGCCUAGAGCAGUAGGAAAGAGGUCUGCACUCUGUCAAUACUAAAAUGUCUCUGAGAUUUCGAGCACAUUUUAUAAAAAAGUACACUGUGGGAACAUUGAGAUUUCUUCUUCAAAGGUUUUGUACUUGUAGAACUAAAACUGGAGACAGUGGGAGGAAAGCUUUAGAGAAUGUGGUAAUCUGGAAAUUAUGGUAAGUCUGGAUGUUCAUAUUUGCAAGCAGCUGAGAGAAAUCUUGGGAUCUGAGUGUUGAGAUGUACUUGAGCAUCAAGAUAGUGGGACUGGCCAGCUUGUAGCAGAUCAGGUAAAAGGGGCCCAAACUAACUUUUAACAAGAUGUGGAGCUGGAUCAACACAGCAGGCCAAGCAGUAUCUUAGGAGCAGGAAGGCUGACGUUUCUGGCCUAGACCCUUUAUCAGAAAUGGGGAGGGGAAGAGGGUUCUGAAAUAAAUAGGGAGAGAGGGGGAGGCAGAUCGAAGAUGGAUACAGGAGAACAUUGGUGGAGAGGAGACAGACAAGUUAAAGAGGCAGGGAUGGAGCCAGUAAAGGUGCGUGUAGGUGGGGAGGUAGGGAGGAGAUAGGUCUGUCUGGGGAAGACUGACAGGUCAAGGGAAGCGGGAUGAGGUUAGUAGGUAAGAAAUAGAGGUGUGGCUUGAGGUGGGAGGAGGAGAUGGUGACAGAAAGAACAGAUUAGGGAGGUGGGGAUGAGCUGGGCUGGUUUUUGGGAUGCGUUAGGAGAUUUUGAAGCUUGUGAAAUCCACAUCGAUACCAUUAGGCUGCAGGGUUCCCAAGCAAAAUGAGAGUUGCUGUUCCUGCAGCAUUCAGGUGGCGUUGUUGUGGCAAUGCAGGAGGCCCAGGAUGGACAUGUUGUCUGAGGAAUGGGAGGGGGAGUUGAAAUGAUUUACGACUGGUUGUUGCAGUUGUUUAUUGCAAACUGAGUGUAGGUAUUCUGCAAAGCGCUCCCCAAGCAUCUGCUUGGUUUCCUCAAUGUAGAGGAGGCCAGAACGGGUACAGCAGAUGCAGUAAACCACAUUGGCAGAUGUGCAGGUGAACAUCUGUUUGAUGUAGAAAGCCGUCUUGGGACCUGGGAUGGAGGUGUGGGGGCAGCUGUAACACUUGCUGCGGUUGCAGGGAAAAGUGCCAGGUGUAAUGGGGCUGGAGGGGAGUGUGGAGCAGACAAAAGAGUCAUGGAGAGAGUGGUCCCUCUGGAAAGCAGACAAGAGUGGGAAGGGAAAAAUGUCUUUGGGAUCAGAUUGCGGAUGGCGGAAGUGUCGGAGGAUGAUGCGUUAGAUGUGGCGGUUGGUGGGAUGGUACGUGAGGACGUGGGGGAUAAUUCUGUCUCCUCUACGUUUCUUCCCUGACAUCUGUAUAGUAAGUUUGCAAUACUAAGUUCUACCACAUUACUCUCCCAGUACUAAUUUAUCAAUUUGCAUCCUUGUAAUCCAGUACUGGACCAUUUAAAACACCCAUUCUCAAAUGUACACUGUUUAGCUUUUGGCAUUUCCUUCAACAAUA